CCAUUUUUCUCCUAUUUUAUGUUCUCCAAUCCAUAUAUAUUUCCAUGCCUUCUCUAGCCUCCUUCUCUCAAUAUCGCCUUCUUCUCUUCUCCAAUCUUCACGAGAAAACCUGUUUCCGAAGAACCAAAAUCCUCAGAGAAAAUCACCGCAGAUUUCUCACUGCUUUUCCCAGAAUGUCGAUUUCUUUGGAUUCGCUUUCAGAUGAAAGCAAGUAUUCCUUCUCUGGACUUGCUCCUCUCGGAGCGAUACUAUUCGAUAUUGAUGGAACCCUGUGCGAUUCAGAUCCUCUUCACUACAUUGCAUUCCGUGAAAUGCUUCAAGAGAUUGGUUUCAAUGGCGGGGUCCCCAUCACCGAGGAGUUUUUUGUCGAGAAUAUCAGUGGUAAACAUAACGAGGACAUUUGCCAUGUCCUAUUUCCUGAUUGGGAUCUCAAAAGAAGCCUAAAGUUCAUGGACGACAAGGAAACUAUGUUUCGGAGACUGGCAUCCAAACAAUUGAAACCUGUAAACGGCCUACACAAGUUAUGCAAAUGGAUCGAGGACCGUGGCUUGAAGCGCGCGGCUGUGACCAAUGCCCCAAGAGAAAAUGCGGAGCUUAUGAUUUCGAUUCUAGGCCUAUCAAAGUUCUUCGAGCUUCUUGUAGUUGGCGGCGAAUGCGAGCGAGCAAAACCAUUUCCUGACCCAUACUUGAAGGCCAUCGAAAUGAUCAAGGCGUCCCCCGACCACACAUUUGUGUUCGAGGAUUCCGUGUCGGGCAUAAAAGCCGGUGUGGCUGCUGGGAUGCGGGUCGUGGGCCUGACGACCAGAAACCCGGAGAAGUUGCUGAUGGAAGCAGGGGCCACAUUCCUUAUUAAGGAUUUCGAGGAUCCUAAGUUGUGGGCAGAAUUGGAAGAGCUGGAGAAAGUAGCAGCGGGAACGAAAAUUACCGUUUGAGAUGGUACGCAGUAGUUCAGUAUAUAAUAUAUAACGCUUUUGUUUUUUUUUUGGCAGCCAUUCAUAAGGCUAUUUGAUGAUACAUGAGUUUCAUUUUGUAUCUCUUCCGAGCAUGGUUGCUAUGCCAUUGGAAGACAUGGAAUUGGCACUUUGUAAGAAUAACCAAAGGAAAUAAAUGCCGAACUUCAACAUCAUCAUUCUGUUGUAAUUGUUAAGGAGAUUAGUGAUAUAAUCUUCAUCACUUUCUUAAGUAUGAGAAUCUUAAUCUUUUCAA